AUGGUGCAUAACAUGGAUAUGAAUCUCAUUGUUACUCGAAUUAGUGAAUAUUUCGACGAGGAGUCUUGCGACUAUCCAUUAAUGAUGACCUCUCCGCAGUGGAAGCGCUUCCGAAGUAAUCUUGGAGACUUUGUUACAAUAUUUGUUUGUCGUUGUAAAAAUAAUAUUCUCUUUGAUGUUACUCUUAUGGAUAGUCUUAUUCAAUUACUCGCUAGUCUUUCUUCGAAUGCUAUUCGUGCCUUCAGACACACUGCUACCUUUGUUGCAAUGAAGCUUUCUAGUGCCAUUGUAGAUGUUGUUGUUGAUCUGGAAAGUCUCCGCGAGAAGAACUCUAUGCAGGUGGAAACGGAAAAAUCAAAAUUAUCGCAGACGGGAGCAAAUGAGCGCAUGGAGUUAUUAUUACAGGCUCGAGCAGAUUUUGAUUCAAAAAUUGAAGAAUUAUCUGCAAUGACACAGUACUUGUUUCGUUCAGUUUUUGCACUGCGAUAUAGGGAUAUCGUUCCAGAUAUUCGUAUUAUUUGUCUUAUCGAGCUUGGUAAUUGGAUGCAAGCCCAUCCUGCUUUAUUUUUGAAUGAUAGCUAUCUUAAAUACUAUGGAUGGUGUAUGUCUGACAAGGUUUCAGAAGUGCGAUUAUGCUGUCUUAAUACAUUGUUGCCUUUGUACGAGAAUGUGGAGGUGAUUGGGCGAUUAGAGCUUUUCACAAAUAAAUUCAUUAAUCGUCUUGUCAGUAUGGUGAGAGAUACUGAAAUUGAGGCUGCUACAAAAGCUUGCCAGCUUUUAACAUUAAUUUAUCGUGUAUUUCCUGGAAUUUUUACGCAGCAAAACUGUGCUCUAGUUUAUGAAAUGGUAUUUUGUAAUAAUCGGCAAUUGGCCGUUUCUGCUGCUGGUUUUGUCAAUGAAAAACUUUUUGCUCCGUCUCAAACAUCAAGUGAUAUGGAGUUGGAAUGGCAUUCACAACAAUUUGAACUUAUUAAGCAACUUGUGGCAUUUUACAAGGAUGGUGGAGUUCAUACACAUCCCGCUUAUUUGGUUGAUUCUUUUAUCGAUAUUUGUCCCAUGCUGCGUGAUUGGGGUUCUAUGGUCGGCAUUCUACUUGAUAAUGAAACUUAUAAUGACGAUGGUCGGUUAAUCGCAAUAAUGAGCACAGCUGUGAGACAAGCUGCUACCGGUGAACAUCCACCUAACCGAAUUGUAGUUUCAAUUCGAAGAGGACCUGGUGCAGGAACAGAGAAGAAAGAUCUGCGACUUUUGCAGGAAGAACGUGUUCGAAUUUCUGAAGUGUUUAUUCCUACUCUUCCUCGUUUAUUGUCAACGUUUAUUGCUGAUGAAGAAAAGGUGCUAAAUCUCCUUGAUAUCUUUUUACAUUUUGAAUUAGAAAUAUACUCUGCUGGACGUUAUGAACAGGGCCUUAAUGAAUUUAUGCAACAUAUUGGACGAAUAGUUGAACAAUAUUCGAGUGAUGAUGUUUUGAAGAAAGUUUCUGAAAUUUUCCAAUUUAUCUCGAAGAAUACGGCAAUAGCUCAAUUUACUGAAACAACUCGUGUUCGUAUCAUUGAUGGAGUUGCCAAUCAAUUACGAUUGCAAAUUCAACAACAUAUUCAGCAAUACAACAAUGUCGAACGACGAGAAAGCAAUGAGCAGGAACGCGAAGAGGAAGAAGCAUCGCUGUUAUCAAACUAUCGUCGGAUGGUUGCAUUUACAGCGGAGUUGCUAUAUUGUAGGGGCCAUCUUGACAUUCCAGCAAAAUGGGAUUUGUUUGAUUUGACUUUUUCACUACUUAAUGGACCAUUAUUAAAGCCUGACUUGUCGGAUAAGGCCAUCUUGCUUUGUUAUCAGUCUCUAAUGUGGGAUGCGAAAAAACUUGCUACAAACACUGUAGAAUUGAAGGAAAAUUAUAUCGAAUUUAUACGCAAGAGAAGGGAUCAAUUUAUUAGGGGUGCAUCAUUAAUUUUGAGGGAUCAAGUUUAUGGCGUUAUUAAUGCUUUCUCAUGUCUUUGUGACGUUCUGUUAAUGUACAACUGGAAGAUGGCGUGUGAUUAUGAACCCGAGCAUCCUGCACAUUCGUUGGCCAUUAAGCUUGAUAAAGAAACAAUCAUUCGCCUCUCUUCUUUUGUUUUAGACAAUGUUUUUUAUGGGCGCGAAGAUACUAUGGAUGAAGGUAAUUUACAAAUUCUUGCGUUGUCACAACGGCGUAAAAUCUUUGCUCAUUAUGUCAAAUUAAUUACUUAUGGUCUCAUUCCAAUUAUUGAAAUUUCACCACUUAUUCGCAACUUUAUUAAGUAUUAUACUGACUUUGGUGAUAUUUUCAAACAUCUCUUGUCAAAAUGUCGAGAAUUAGACAAGGUGAUGACUGCAAAAGCUAUUGUCCACUCCUUGGCUUAUUUGUUCGACGAAUUUAAGGAAGCCUUUGAACAAGAUGCUAACGACUUUCAAUCGCUGAGAGAAUUAGGCAAGAAGUUAGCACUCUCAUUUGGCGUUGACAACAUCAAAAAUCGUGAAGCUCUUGCAACGAUUCAUCAUGUUUGUUAA